AAAGCAACCCAAAUUCAGGGAAAAGCUUCCUGGAUCAAGUCUAGAACUGGCAUACUGCUGGGUACAUGCCAAUCUGAUUCCAAAUACGAUCAUACCUAAAGGGAUUUGGCUAUUCCCCCAUCCAAUAACCUAGGCUGAACGGAAGGAAGGAUGGGAGCAGUGUGCGCAGGAGGGACAGUGAGGGAUAAGUUGGAGGUCCACCAAGAGAGAAGCUCAGGGGGGUCUAAGAAGCUCAAAUCUAUGAAGAGUUUCCUGAAAGAGGAUAACAAUGGCGGCUCUAGUGAAUAUUUAAACACGGGGAAGACCCAUAAUAGUACUAGUAGUAGUAUUAAUAAUCUUUAUGAUUCUGGUGAAUUCCCCUUGUCUAUCUCUAGAGAGUUAAAGACCUCAACUCCUGCCAGGAUAAGAACUACUACCAAGGCACCUCAGAUUAGUUCUUUCCUUGGAAAGGCUGGUAUAGUUGGCCUGGAAAAGGCAGUGGAGGUUUUAGACGCAUUAGGUAGUAGCAUGACAAAUCUGAACAGCGGAUUUCUUACCGGGGCGGGAUCAAGAUGGAACAUGAUAUCUAUACUGGCGUUUGAAGUUGCCAACACAAUCACUAAAGGCGCAAAUUUAUUGCAAUCAUUAUCGGAGGAAAGUGUCCAGUAUUUGAAAGAGGAAAUUCUACACUCAAAAGGCGUUCAAGAGUUGGUAUCUACAGAACUGAAUGAGCUUCUUGCUAUAGCUGCUGCUGACAAAAGGGAGGAGUUCGAAGUUUUUUCCCGUGAAGUGGUGAGGUUUGGAAAUCUAUGUAAAGACCCUCAGUGGCACAACCUUGAUCGGUAUUUUUCAAAGUUAGGCUCUGAAUCUGUAAUGACUGCAAGUCAUAAACAACUUAAAGAGGAGGUUGACAUGAGUAUGCAAGAACUAUACACUCUUGCUCAACAUACUUCGGAACUUUAUCAUGAGUUGCAUGCUGUGGACCGGUUUGAACAAGAUUAUCAAAGGAAAAUUGAGGAAUUAGAAUCUUUAAAUCUGCCUCGUAAAGGAGAGGAUCUAAUGAUGUUGCACAGCGAGCUUAAACAUCAAAGAAAAAUUGUGCGAGUAUUGAAAAAGAAAUCCCUAUGGUCUAAAAGUUUGGAAGAGGUUGUAGAAAAGCUUGUUGAUAUCGUAGCUUUCAUUCAUCAAGAGAUCUUAGAAGCAUUUGGAGAUGAUGUACUGAAGCAUGUGGAGAAAGAGCCUCUGUUAAAACCAGAAAGGUUAGGUCUUGCUGGUCUUGCUUUGCACUAUGCUAACCUAAUCACUCAAAUAGAUAACAUUGCUUCACGCCCCACCUCUCUUCCACCGAACACAAGGGAUACACUGUACAGUGGUUUGCCACCUGUUGUAAAGACAGAGCUUCGCUCCCGUUUACAGGCACUUGAUACCAAGGAGGAAGAGCUAACAGUUCAUCAAAUCAAGGCUGAAAUGGAGAAGACUCUCCAGUGGCUUGUUCCACUAGCAGCUGAUACAUCAAAGGCGCAUCAAGGUUUUGGAUGGGUUGGAGAGUGGGCAAACACCGGCAGCGAGUUUGGGAAGAGGUCAACGAUGCAGAAUAAUUUGAUCCGCCUACAGACACUUUAUCACGCAGACAAAAACAAAAUGGACGCUUUCAUCCUUGAGAUUGUAACAUGGCUUCACCGCCUUAUCGGGCUGGUAAGGUAUAAAGGCCCGAGGAUUCUUCCGGGAAGACCACCAACUAGCAAAAGGCCUCUUGCUUUGCACGCAGAAGAAAUCUUGAACAAUGUCCAGAAAAGGAACAAUGGUCAGCUUUCUGUAGAAGACAAAACGUUGUUGGAAGAAGCCAUGAAAAGAAGAAUUGUUCCUGGCAUAAGCAAAAGUCAAGAGUUCGGCAUAUCCAAUAAGGGAAGACAGGUUUGGGCGCUUAGUAGGAGCACAGGCAGCUCUCCAUGUACAGUGGCAGAACGUCCCACAGCUAAUUUCUUGGACAUACUGGACGGUUUAGGCUCAAAGUUUUGAACCCUUAGAGAGGUAGUUGUAUUUGAUAAAAUGUUCUUUUUAAGCAUUCGUUCACUGUCUUAUUGGAAUUUGAGUCCCUUGUGUAUAUAGCUCUGAUAUAUGUUGAAAGUGUAUGGGUAUCUUGUGAUCCUUCUAUUUUUUAUGCAUGAUUUGGGUUGGAAACCUUGAGUUUCAA